CAGAGGUAAACAAAGAGGAAAGCCCGCACCCGGCCUGCCUGACUCCUCUUUCCAAAAACUAACCGGCUGUAACGUUACUCCUCUAUCUGCCUUUCUUUUCGAUCAAAAAAUGGAUGAGAAAUUUUCAUGCCGAGCGAGUAUUUAUUAUGACCAAGGCGGGAGAAAAUACAUGGAGGACAUACUGACGAUGAGUCGGGAGGAUGAGCCUAGUGAGGAUGAACUGAUCGCAGCCGAAAAGGACGAGACCACGGCAGCACAAAGACAAAACCCCGACGCCUUAAUCCAAGACUCCAUCCCUGGAUCUAUAACUGUUACUUAUGUUCAGGACGAUGAUACUGUCUCAACUCUUCGACGGGCGUCGAUGCGCUCGGCCCGCCGUUCAGAAGACAUUCGUCGGCCGCGGGCUGUGGCUUUCUUCGCCGUGUUCGACGGUCACGGUGGUCCGGACGCGGCGCGCUUCGCCCGCAAACAUUUGUGGGAUCACAUAAAAAAACAAAGGGGCUUUUGGUCUCAUGACGAUGACGAGGUGUGUGCGGCUUUGCGAAAGGGAUUCAUAUCUUGUCAUCAUGCCAUGUGGAAAAAAUUACCGGAAUGGCCAAAGACCGCUACAGGACUUCCCAGCACAUCAGGCACUACUGCUAGUAUUGUUGUGAUACGACGUGACCGCAUGUAUGUGGCUCACGUAGGGGACUCUGCUGUGGUGUUGGGGGUGCAGGAUCACCCCUCUGACGAGUUCAUCCGAGCGGUAGAAAUGACACAGGACCACAAACCCGACCUCCCGAAGGAAAAAGAGAGAAUAGAGAGCCUGGGUGGCAGUGUAAUUAAAAAGUCUGGAGUUAAUAGGGUGGUAUGGAAGCGACCCAGACUCACUCACAAUGGACCAGUAAGAAGGAGCACUGUCAUCGAUCAGAUCCCUUUUCUUGCUGUGGCCCGAGCUCUUGGUGAUUUGUGGAGUUACGACUUCUACAGUGGAGAAUUUGUUGUUUCACCAGAACCUGAUACCGCUGUUAUAAAGUUGGAUUUGAAGCGACACCGUUAUGUCAUCUUGGGCAGUGAUGGUUUAUGGAACAUGGUAUCACCACAGGAGGCUGUGUCUAUCUGUCAUGAGAAUGACAAGGCUAAUGCAAAGGACCAAAAAGGAAAUGUUUCCAGUGCUGUUUUGCUGGUGAACCAUGCCUUGCUGAGAUGGCGUCAACGCAUGCUCCGUGCUGAUAACACCAGUGCCAUAGUUAUCUGUUUGGAGCCAUUUGGGACAUCCUCUGAGACCUUGCCACCUUAUGAGGUUGUAUACAAUCUACAGGGAUCAAAGUCUGGCUCUGUUCCUCAAUCUUGCCCCAGCUCUUUGAACACUCAGGUUUCACUGCAAGACGCACCUUUGCCUGCAAGUGAAGAACAACCAGAGGAGGAGAAAAACAAAAGCUGUGAAUUAAGCAAUUGUGGAAUUCUUGAAUCAUCUGCCGACAGCCUUAAAGACUUUGAUGACCUGCCUUGCACUGACCUCAGCAAUAACUUUUUGGAUAAUGAGACCAACUGUGACCAAGUGCCUAUAGGCAAACGGGUGCUAGAGGAUUCCUCCUCACCUGCUCUGAAAAAACCCCGCUGUAGUUCACCACAAUCCCCUGAUGAAGAGUCCUCAUGUAUAUCCCCACAAAAACAGCCUUCAUUCAGGAGUAGUGACAAGGACCAGAAACAGUCUGAAAAGGUGCAAGCUCUGCUUCAGCAGCACGGGAAGACUACUGUGUGUGUUUGCUGACAAAUGAGUUUUUAUAACAAUGCAAACUGUACAUUCAUGUUGAAUAUUCAGAUUGAUAUAGUUCAUAUAAGCUACUGAGAAACCAAAUCCUGAAGCAAGUAACAAUGUCAAAAAGGUCACCUCCAUUUACAACACCCAUAGUUUAGUGUGUGUUUUUUGUUGUUGUUGUUGUUGUUUUAAUAUUUUGCAUACUAAUGAAAAGACAACAUGUUAUUUUAUUCCAUUUUUAAACAAGUUUUACACAGCGAAAUGGGGGUAUAUCCAUUUUUUUUUUUGUUAUGCAUUAGUUUAGUCAGAAUUUUUGCACUUUAAGUUGAAUUGGUGCAGUCUUUGUGGAAGAGGGAUUUUUUUAUGGUGGACUGUGAAAAAAACAAAGGAUGUUAAAAAAGACCAAAAAGAAACCAUAUCUUCUGAGAAGAUCUUUCCCUACAGCUAACAUGAUAUCAUUAAAGCAACAGUAAAAGUAUUUUUGUAUGUUUUAUGAAAGAAGCAGAGAGGGACAUCAUUUGUACUUGUCACUAGUGUCAAAUCUUAACCCUGUGUUUAUUAAUGUGGAAUGCAAGCAUGAACUAUGAAUUAUGCAUUUUGGAUUUUAAUAGUUAUUUUAACAUUUUUAAGGCUUUCAUUAUCAUAUUAAUGUUUCUCAAAUGUUUUUCAUUGAUGGGAAAAAUUGUCAUUCUAAACUGAAGGUGCUGCUAUGUUUAAACCGGUCAAUAAAACACUUUAACAUUGA